AUGUCUGCUAUAACAUUUGGCAUCUUGUACGCUGGCCAUGCAGCCGGCGAAGGUUGGGGUUCGCACGAACGAGAGCAGGUGGCUGAAAACUUUUUGGAGUUUCGUGUCAGGGAUUAUGAGGAGCCAAAACGAUUUCACUUCUCGUCCCAGCUCUUGCACAUGACAACCAACGUUCGCAUCCACGCUCUUCUCAACAUGACGCGUCCCUCGCCCGCCCCAACGGCCUACCCCACAAUUCCCGCAAUGCAAAACUUACCAAAUUGCAUCUUCCACUGUCAUGGGAAAAUCGCUGCAACCAAUCAAGGACCAACCGGAGUCCUCGCCCGUAGCCUUGUGGAUCACCGCGCCCCGCAGCGGUCGCCCCACUGGCCCAUGCUCUUGACAACAUCGUGA